AAUCAAUUCCUUAGCUUCGAAUCACCCUCGCACGUUCCGAAGCUGACUUUGGUAGUCACGUCUCCCGCUUUUUCUCCUUAUCUGGCUAUUUCUCUUUAAACCCUAGAAACCCUAAUCACAGUAUUCUUUGAGCACAGAUCACAUCUAUUCCCAGCAGCAACGCAGUCGCGUCAGCACUUUAUCAUGGCACUGGUUUUGCAUGCGGGGAGCACUAAUAAGAAUGCCUAUAAGGCUCUCAUUGCUGCAGAAUAUAGUGGCGUGAAAGUUGAAUUGGUAAAAGAUUUUGAGAUGGGUGUUUCCAAUAAAACACCAGAGUUUUUCAAAAUGAAUCCCAUUGGGAAGGUACCAGUCUUGGAGACUCCUGAUGGUCCCAUUUUUGAGAGCAAUGCUAUAGCAAGAUACGUUACGCGGUUGAAGGCAGAUAAUCCUCUUUAUGGCUAUUCACUCAUUGAAUAUGCUCACAUUGAGCAGUGGAUUGAUUUUGCAACCUUAGAAAUUGAUGCCAAUAUCUUGCGUUGGUUCAUUCCAAGAAUUGGCUUUGCUAUGUAUCUUCCUCCGGCUGAGGAAGCUGCUAUUUCUGCACUCAAGAGGGCCUUGGAGGCAUUAAACACACAUCUUGCUUACAAUACCUAUCUGGUUGGACACAAUGUGACAUUAGCUGAUAUUGUCAUGAUAUGUAACUUGGUUCUUGGAUUUAAUCGUGUUAUGACUAAGAGCUUUACUUCUGAAUUCCCUCACGUUGAACGGUACUUCUGGACUUUGAUUAAUCAACCAAAUUUUAAGAAGGUUCUUGGUGAAGUAAAGCAAACAGAGUCUGUUCCACCGGUUGCAAAGAAGUCAACCCCGCCUGUAAGUGCCAAGCCCAUGGGUAAGGAGGCACCAAAGAAAGAAGAGGUCAAGAAAGAACCAGCCAAACCUAAGGAAGAAGCACGUGCAGGAGCAGAGGAAGAGGCCCCCAAACCAAAAGCAAAAAAUCCUCUUGAUUUCCUUCCUCCUAGUAAGAUGAUAUUGGAUGAAUGGAAAAGGCUGUACUCUAACACAAAAACCAAUUUCCGUGAAGUUGCAAUCAAAGGAUUUUGGGAUAUGUAUGACCCAGAGGGAUACUCCUUAUGGUUUUGUGACUAUAAGUAUAAUGAGGAGAACACUAUUUCAUUUGUGACGAUGAAUAAAGUUAGUGGAUUCUUGCAAAGGAUGGAUCUUGCUCGCAAGUAUGCAUUUGGCAAGAUGUUGGUGAUUGGAUCAGAACCUCCAUUUAAAGUCAAGGGUUUGUGGCUUUUUCGUGGACAAGACAUCCCUCAGUUUGUGUUGGAUGAGUGCUACGACAUGGAACUUUAUGAGUGGAGAAAAGUCAACAUCAAUGAUGAGUCUGAGAAGGAGCGCGUCAGUCAAAUGAUUGAAGAUUACGAACCUUUCGAGGGUGAACCUCUACUAGAUGCCAAAUGCUUCAAGUGAUUUCAAACUCUAAAAAUGAUUAUAUUUUUCAGUUUUUGUAUUUUAUGUCAAACGCUCUAAAAGUGAUUUCAAGUUUGUUUGGGGUUUUAUGUUUAGAUCAUUUUGAUCUUAGUCCAUCUAGUUUCAAGAGCAAUGGUGUUACUACACUAAUACUGAAGGCUGAAGCUCUUUUGACUGUUAGUGUUACAGUACUACUAAAUGCUUAUUGAAUACUUGCUAGUUACUAGAUACUUCUGUCUUGCGCGUGGUCAAAUAUUGACGGUUUUGUUCUA